AUGGCUUCAAAGGGUCCACGCUUUGGGCUUUGGAUAGAUCAUUAUGAUGGAGCAGCAAGCGCGCAUCUCAUCGUUUGCGUCGGCAGUGCCUGGAUAGCACCCUGGCAGUCCCGCACAGCGCCAGUCCGCGGGUUCCAGAUUGACAUGCAGCAGCAGAUCGCCAUCGCGGAUCUGCUGCACCAAAGAGCCCACGUCGGCGCCAGCGCGGAUGCGGCGGACGAUUUCAAAGGCCUCCUUCUCGGAUCGAGCUCUCAUUAA